AUGCGAAGUUUUCCAACUUUUAUGAACCAUUAUGUCUAUCGCAUCACAAAAGUUGUCGACCACGACUGCGAAAAUAACGGUGCAUUGGAUUCCGUUUAUGAAAUUGGUGAUCAAUUCUUAGAACCGCUUUAUGACGUUGGUUAUGUAGUUGAUAAGUUCAGGAGUGACCAUUACGUUCAACUCUUUAACUUUUUUAGGACAUUUUAUAAUAUGCCAUUUUAUGAAGGAAUAGGGCUUACAGAUGAAGAAAUAAAUCAAUCUCAAAAAACCGUGGACCGCGUUUGCAGUGCCAUGGAAACAUACAAAAAUGAUUUUUUGACUGAUCGUUCGUCUGUAAAAAAUUGCUUUUUGGUAGGAUUGCUGAUUUACUGUGAGAUGGGGAUAGAAUCAGGCGUUUUUAUUGACGCUGAAAUGGAUAAAAAAUUGUACGUAUACCCACGAUAUUCAAAUGAACCACCCGUUAUCCCUACUGUACCGACAACCACAUACACUGCUGCAAUCACAGAAAUAAGUCUUGCAAACCACCGAACAUUUCAUCGAGUCAAUGUUUUCCCUAGGUCCCCCCCAGGAAAUUUUAUGACAAUUUAUCUCGAUCAAUUUGAAGUACCACCGUCUGCCAAAACCAUAGAUGAUAUGAUCUAUAUCAAUGCUACCCCAGAAAUACGUCACCGUCUUAUCAAUGCCCAAAACUUGGAAACUUGUCGAAAAAUUACCUUUGGAGCUGAACAAACUUUGCUGACAAAAAUCCUUACCCAGGACGAUAUUGCGGCUAUGAACAAAUCAAAAUUUAAAGGAAUGUUCAUUGCGCCUUUAGCUUUGAGAAAAAAUAAAAGAUUGCUAAAGCCAAUAGUCCGGCUUUUAGUCUACCCGUAUUGGGAAAAAAAGUGGAAAAGAGAUUUAAACCUAUAUUUGGCUUCUGGUUAUACCAUCACUGAUACACCUGUAAUACUAGCAUUUGGGGUGUAUGGCCCAGAAAAUAAAGAAAACUGGGUUCUGUUUUUAAAAAAACUUAAGAAUGUUUUUACAUUUGGCAUUGAAACCGACCCCACUUUUUCUAUGGUUUCGUUUUAUAUAACACCCGUCAUUGAAGCCAUCAAUAUCGUGUUCCCAGGCUGUCAUCAUUUCCCUGACUUUGGAAUUUGGUCGUACAUUAUUCCGACUCUUGUUGGAGACGAGGAUACAAAGCAAAAUAUUUUAUAUUACCUAAACCUACUGAAUGAAAAGUCAAAUAGGCGAACAGCGGUAUACAUUUACCGGGAAAUGAUGCCAUAUGUUCUUGAGCUAGAAAGAGAAAACCCAGAUAUGAAUCACAUUUGGGCUGUUUUGAAGUCGCUGGAAAUACUCAGCCCUGAUUUUUCUAAUAUUCCUCAUGAAGAAGUUUUCAAUGCUAAUGAUGUCAAUUGGUUGGAGAAUCUUAAUGGUCCUCCAAAUAUGAUUCGGACUCUAAUGGAAAUUUACAAUCUUUGUUUACACCACAUGAAAAUUGGUCUCAAAGCAAUGUUUCCAAAAAAAAUAUCUAAUAUUUAUGAAUCAACUCCACAGUUUCGCAAACUGACAUGCAGCAGAAUGGAGAUGUAUGAGAUUGCUGAAAUGUUUAGAAAAUUUGGGUUCCAAAACGGAGGUAUUGAAAGUUUUCCACUUGAUUAG